CAGCGCUCUCUCUCUGUAACUGUAUAUUAAUGGGGCUGUUCUCCAGCCCCAGCUGAUGAAAGUUUGUUUCUCAGUCUGGGCUAAGAUGUCAAAGCGUCUCCAUGCAGGAAAGCAACGCUUCCCUCCGUCAUCUCACUCCCCAACCCAGCUCUGCCUUCUGCUGCUCAGCCUGACUUGCCUCUUAAUAGUCUCAUCAGCCGGGGCUCAAGGAGAAGCUGCAAAUAGUAAACUGGAAUUCUAUAGGAAAUGGAUUUUGAAGAAUAAGCAACGGCACUAUGACAUAGUAGUUCCUCAUCUUCUGAAUGAUGAACAGUGGAAACCAAUGAAGAUUUUUUAUUCAAAGACUUACCCAGCAAUGCUGAAAUGUCUAAUACAAGCUGAAAGCCAGCAACUUGUCAUCAGUCUGAAGAGAAAUGAUGGCCUUUUUGCUGGUAACUUCACAGAAACACACUAUUUGGAAGAUGGUACCAGUGCUCUUCUUAUGCGUAAUUACACGGAUCACUGCUACUACCAUGGUCAUGUGCAAGGUUAUGCUGAGUCUGCAGUCAGUCUGAGCACAUGUUCUGGACUCAGGGGAUUUAUUUUAUUUGAAGAUAAAGCCUAUAUAUUGGAGCCAUUGGAAGGUACUACAAACGAACAUAUAAUCUACCAAGCAGUGGACCUAAAAGUAGCCCUGGGUUCUUGCGGUCAUCAUCUCAACAUCUCAGGUAUCUCAUGGGAAGAUGCUGCACAGUCUACUCAGACACCUCUUAGCAGGCACAAGAGGGAAGCACUGAAAUCCACCAAGUAUGUGGAACUUCUUAUUGUGGCUGAUAACCGAGAGUUUCAGAGACAGGGCAAGGAUGUGGAGAAAGUGAAGCAGAGGCUGAUAGAAAUCGCAAACUACGUUGAUAAGUUUUAUAGGCCACUAAAUAUUCGAAUAGCCCUGGUUGGAGUGGAAAUCUGGAAUGACAUGGAUAAAUGCACAAUAACCCAAGAUCCCUUCACCAGCCUACAUGAGUUCCUGGACUGGCGAAAGCUGAAACUACUACCUCGUAAACCUCAUGACAAUGCACAGCUAGUGAGUGGAGUAUAUUUCCAAGGUACUACCAUUGGCAUGGCACCCAUAAUGAGCAUGUGUACUGCUGAGCAGUCUGGGGGUAUUGUUAUGGAUCAUUCAGACAGCCCUUUGGGAGCAGCAGUAACUCUGGCUCAUGAGCUGGGGCACAACUUUGGAAUGAACCAUGAUACAUUGGAAAGGGGUUGCAAUUGCAAGUCAUCUGCUGACAAAGGAGGCUGCAUCAUGAACCCCUCGACUGGCUAUCCGUUUCCCGCGGUGUUUAGCAGUUGCAGCAAAAAAGACCUGGAAAACAGUUUGGAAAAAGGAGUGGGGAUGUGUCUCUUCAACCUACCAGAAGUUAAGGAAUCAUUUGGUGGCCCAAAGUGUGGGAAUGGCUAUGUAGAAGAAGGAGAGGAAUGCGACUGUGGGGAACUUGAGGAAUGCACAAACCAUUGCUGCAAUGCUACUACCUGUACUUUAAGGCCAGAAGCAGUGUGUGCUCAUGGACUUUGCUGUGAAGACUGCAAGCUGAAGCCAGCAGGGAUCCUCUGCAGGCACUCCAGUAAUUCCUGUGACCUUCCUGAGUUCUGCACUGGAGGCAGCCCUCACUGCCCAGCUAAUGUAUAUUUGCAUGAUGGACAUCCCUGUUACAAGGUGGAUGGCUACUGUUAUAAUGGCAUGUGCCAGACUCACGAACAGCAAUGCAUCACACUCUGGGGGCAAGGCGCUAAACCUGCCCCUGGCAUAUGCUUUGAAAGAGUCAAUUCUGCGGGUGAUCCUUAUGGAAACUGUGGCAAGGAUUCCAAAAGUUCUUUUGCCAAGUGUGAAGCCAGAGAUGCAAAGUGUGGAAAGAUUCAGUGUCAAGGGGGCGCAAAUCGACCUAUAAUUGGUACCAAUGCUGUCUCCAUAGAAACAAACAUCCCAUUACAAGGAGGAGGUAAAAUUCUGUGCCGCGGAACCCACGUCUACUUGGGGGAUGAUAUGCCCGACCCUGGCCUUGUCCUGGCUGGAACAAAGUGUGAGGAUGGAAAAAUCUGCCUCAAUCGCCGGUGCCAAAAUACCAGUGUAUUUGGUGUUCAUGAAUGUGCAACAAAAUGUCACGGACGUGGAGUCUGCAACAAUAAGAAGAAUUGCCACUGUGAAGCCCACUGGGCUCCUCCGUUUUGUGACAAGGCUGGAUUUGGUGGCAGCCUAGACAGUGGACCAGUCAGACAGUCUGAUAACAGAAGUUUAAUCAUCGGACUCCUCAUUACCACUCUGUUCCUCAUAGCUGCUGGGUUUCUUAUGUACAUCAAACGAACUCUCUUAAUUAGAUUCUUCCUUAUAAAUAAGAAGUCUACAAUAGAGAAACUAAGAUCUGUGAGUCCAGCCAGGCCUUCCAGUGCAUUUGAGUCUAAUCAUAUUCAUACCACAACCCUCAAUAAAAAACUAGUCAAAAAGCCACAACAUUUAAACACACCUAAGUGGAAUGAUUCACAAAGAUUGCUACGGUGUCAGAGAACUGACAUUAGUAACCCUGUGAAGGCACUGGACAUACCAUGGUCAAGCCCACCAGAGCGUAUCUUGCCACCCCUUUGUGAGCUAUCCUGUAAGCAGUCUGUGCCCACAAAGAUGCUACCAGCCAACCCUUUUCCCAGGCAUAAUGAGCAAUCCUGCAAGCCAAGUCCACCUCAAAAACCUUUGCCGGCUGAUCCUCAAAGCAAAGCUGCUCAGCAGAACCAUGUUUCCAGAAUGGUGCCGGGACUUCCAAAACCUGUGCCUCCGAUUGCUCCAGUCAGGCCUGCACCUAAUCAUCCACUUCCCAUGCCUAGAUCCUGUAAUGCUGCCUACAGGAAAUGACGAAACAGAACAUCAUUUCUAUCCUGAAAAGUGAAGACAUAUGUUUGCACUAUUUUCCAUUCUUGUUGGAGAUCAAUAUUUUUAUAUCAAUAGGUAGAAUUUUUAAUGUUCAAAACCCCCAUUAUUUUUAAAAACUCUGAGCUACUGCCUUUGGUGCUAUGCUGUGUGAAGGUAGUCUGCGUCCUUGCUCAGGUACUUGUAAAUUAUUAAUUUAUAUUGAAUAUUUAUUACAGUGCAGAGCACUGUGGUAGAUAUUGUUUCACCAUAGCUGAGUUUUCCUAGGAAGGAAGCCAUCUUUGUGAUUUCUAAGCAACCUCGAACCAGCCUUCACUAUAGAUUUCUCAAUGGGCUGUGCAGGAGCCUCAAAGGGUAUUUAGUUCGGAUCUGUUAUUUACAGGAUUCUGGUUAGGGCUGAAAUGAAACUUUGCUGGAAUUAAGGGACUGGUGGAUAGUUUGAUUGUGGAAUCUCAAGGCAAAAUAUAACUUGGAAUCUGAAGUAAACAAGAACCUGUUCUGUCCAGUUUACCAAACUUAGAAGUCUAAUUGUAUGUGACUCAGAUAAAAGUCAUGUGUUUUCUGAGCUUAAGUGUUAGCUCAAAUAAGCAUUAGAUAAUGCUUUCUGCAUAAAAAUUCAUAUAUUACCCUUUGGAGUCAGAUAAUCUUCUCUAACAAUAUAUAGCGUACCCCUUUAUUGUUGCUUGCAGAAAAUGAGUGAUAAUUGGCCUAAUCCUGUGCAGUAGCAAACUAGUGCCUAGGAAUGGGCAUUAGGGUUUCUUUGCUGGCACAAUAUUGCAAAUGGCACCAUGUAAAAGCCUUCAUGCACCUGUUUAUACCAUCUACCUCUAUAACAAGGCUGAUUGUUAUGAUAUAAAAGCAUUGAGCAGGUGUUGAGGCUUGAAUUCUAACCCCUAAAUCAGCAUUCUCAUUUUGAUGGGAAAUUCAGCCUUGAAUACCCAGUUUCUAAUGUAUAACAUAGGAGACCUCUGCAAAAUUCACAGUCAAUUUCAUAGAAGGGUUCAUUUCAGCUAUAGUAUCUUUUUCUUAUGGAUAAAUCAUCUCUUUUAAAGUCUGGAGAUCUCAUUGGUUUUGGUAAACAAAAGUUCAAAUAGAGUACACUAGAGUACAAAUAAUCUUUCCCCCCACGAUAUGGUAAAAAACCCCAAUCUCUGUGCAUCACAUCUCAUUGUACUGUAACCAUAAAAAUCUUUAUAUGGCUGUUCAAAACUAAUUGAAAGUCUGUACUUCAAGAAAAUUCAUGUUUCCAAUGUAUUUUCUAAAUGAAAAGUACUGUAUAUUAUACAAGUCUAUUUUAACCUAUGUUUUUAGGCAUAGUACAUAAUUUCUGUGUUAAUGCAUAAUGACAGUAUUUUGAUGUUUUUUUGGUGCUUGGACAAAUGAACUUCAGAAGGUGCUGGCCUCUUUCCUGUACUGUGGUGUAAAUCAUAUGUUCAUAUUGAUUAUGGGGUUAUUUGUGUUAGCAGAGUGCAAAUAAA